GGCACCUUGUACCGUACCAAGUACUCUGGCUCUUACCUGAUCUUGAUCUUGAUCUUUCCUUUGGCCUUGUCCACACCCAGAAGUACAGACAGAGGCACCCMGCACUUCGUACCAACCAGAUCCUUUCACAAAUCUACAGCAAAAUCUCGGUUAUUGCCGUUCGAUCCGAUAAUUGAAAASAAAACAACUAGCCACGAAAAUGACGACCCACCACGGAUUUGGGAGUGCCCUGCUGAGAGGCAGCGUGCAUGCCCUCGUCUUCCUGCARGUAGCAGCUGCGUUCCAGCACCAACCAGCACAGCAUUGCACGAGGGUGAACAAUUUUGAAACGAAAAGAACAACUAGUCUCGGUGCUGCUGCCAGCAGACAAAAACGAGUUUCGAACCUCAAAGACUGGAGCAAGAACGAGGCAGGCAUUCAGGUAGCAAGUGUUCUGGAGAUAGAGCAAUCAAAAACCACCGGCGGGAUAGGGCUGGUGACGAGUGGCACGGCGAGCAGCACGGACGAGAACAGCGUUGUGGUAACCGUUCCCUCCUCGCUGGCUCUGUCCGUAGAGCUUCCUACUGGUGGUCCCGACGACCGAAGCGUGAUCAARGRGCUGGUCGAGGACCGACAAGCCUUUCGCUCGCUGCCGUGGUUUGCGCAAUUUUCGGCGUAUCUCUACAAGCUUGACAAAAUCUCACCCAGAAAACUGGAGGGAGACGUCGAUCUGCAGCCGUGGUUGGAUUCCUUGCCACGAGACUUUGGAACACCAAUCCACUGGACGCAACAAGAACGAGAGGAACGGUUGCAAUAUCCACACAUGGUAGAGUCGGUCCAACGRCAAGAAAAAACCUGGAACGACAUGUACCAAAACCUCCAGUCUUCGGGCACGAGACUCAUGAAAGACAUGUCGUUCGACGACUUUUUGUGGGGUUGCGAAUGUGCUCGAUCCCGUGCGUUUAGUGGCGGGUACACCGGUUCCCCCUUUAAUCCACUCGUUUAUGUUUUCACGCUGGUCUUGGUUACCGCCUAUGUUGGCCUCAACCUGGGAACGCUAGAGCAAGCCGCCAAUGGCGCUGGGCUCGUGUUUUGUUCCUCCGUCCUGCGGGACUUUGUCCUGCCYAAGUUUUUCAAGAACAAGAAAUACGUCAUUUGCCCCGUGAUCGACAUGGCGAACCACGAUUCGAUGAGAACCACCGCCAAUGUUGCGUAUGAAUUCUUCGCCAAUGCAUACAGCUUGUCGACAACGGCCGCGGUUCCUUCCAACUCCGAGGUCUUUAUCAGCUACGGCAGCCGAUCCAACGACCAGUUGUUGCAGUAUUACGGUAGGUAUCGAUCGAAAAAACUACGCAACCAGUUGUGAAGAUCGAAGAGAUUUUGUGUGUGAUGCGUUUGCUGAAUUUUCGAGCUUUUGCGGUGAUAUUGUGUCGCUCAAUCAUUUUCGGCUGUUUGCAAAUUCUCAGGUUUUGUCGAACAGGAUAAUCCCCACGACACRUAUGUCAUGCCACCGCUCCGAGAGUGGGAUAUUGAGUCGCUCGAAAAAGCAUGCGGUGGAACCCCCUUUCCUUUGGAUCGGUUACAGAAACUCGAUCGGGCCGGAUUAUUGGGAAUCAGUUUGAACGACGAUCUUGCUGAUUCGUCACCGGCAGACGACGACGAAUCCAAGGAAGAAGGAGUGACUUCCGAAGGCAAUCCCCGGGGRGGUGUCGUGCUAAGUCGAGCCGUGGGAAUCGAUCCCGCGGUAUUCCAAGCUCUGAGAGCACUCGUUUCAAAUGCCCAAGAGUGGGAAGCUUCUGGAGAGGCGGUUGGUAACUUUGCGGCCGAAGUGAGUCCAGAGAACGAGCAAAGGGCUCGAACGGCAGCCCGAACGGCAAUCGAAAUGGAAAUUGCAUCGAAACCAACCACCCUCSAAGAAGACCGUGAACUCUUGAAACGCUUGAAAGCUUCUAAAAAUGGAUUACAAGAACCUGACGAGCUAAUGGCCWUAAUGUUCCGUAUCGAAAAGAAAAAAUUGCUGAAAGAGACUCUCGACAGAUUGCAAUAAAAUAAUGGUCGAAAGUGACG